UAUCCUUUUUUUAAACGAGAGGGAGGAACACCUUGGCAGCUUUGAGAAAAGCAGCAAGAAAAGAACUGGAGAAUUGCCCUCCCUCCCUGAGAAAUAUUUGGACAAGAUGGCCACGCAUUUGAGGCCGGCUAAUAAAAAAUGCACUGUGAUUGGUGGCUCAGGAUUUCUUGGUCGACAUCUGGUAGAGCAGUUGGUGGGAAAAGGCUACUCGGUCAACGUGUUUGACAUUUGCAAAGGCUUUGAUAACAGCGAGGUGCAGUUUUACCUGGGCAAUCUCUGCAAGAAAGAGGAUCUACUCCCAGCUCUGCAAGGUGUGACCGUGGUGUUUCAUUGUGCCUCACCUGCCCCUUCUAGCAACAAUCGAGAGCUUUUUUACAGAGUCAAUUAUUUGGGGACCAAGACAGUCAUUGAGGCUUGUAAAGAAGCUGGUGUCCAGAAAUUGGUGUUGACCAGCAGUGCCAGUGUUGUCUUUGAAGGUACAGACAUCAAGAAUGGUACAGAAGAUCUCCCUUAUGCCAAGAAACCCAUCGAUUACUAUACAGAAACAAAGAUUCUGCAGGAGAAGGAGGUGCUAAAAGCCAGCGACCCAGAGAAGAAUUUCUUCACCACUGCUAUCCGACCACAUGGCAUAUUUGGACCUCGGGACCCUCAGCUGGUUCCAGUUCUCAUCCAGGCAGCCAAGAGUGGCAAAAUGAAAGUCAUCAUUGGCAACGGGAAGAAUUUGGUGGAUUUUACCUUUGUGGAAAACGUGGUCCAUGGACACAUCCUGGCUGCAGAACAGCUUCAAAAGGAUUCUCCGUUGUGUGGAAAGGCUUUUCACAUCACAAAUGAUGAGCCCAUUCCCUUUUGGGAAUUUUUGUCUCGCAUCCUCACCGGCCUGCACUAUGACCCUCCCAAAUACCACAUCCCUUACUGGCUAGCGUACUAUUUAGCCCUUCUCUUCUCCCUGGUUUUGCUACUGUUGAGUCCCCUGGUUACCAUUCAUCCCACCUUCACUCCCAUGAGGGUUGCCCUCGCUGGGACGUUCCAUUAUUACAGCUGUGAGCAGGCCAAACGGGACAUGGGCUACAAGCCGGUGGUUCGCCUGGAUGAAGCCAUCGCAAGGACCAUCAAGAGUUAUUCCCAUCUCCAAAGGACCACGUGAUGGUCUGAAUUCCAACCAGACAUCUCCUGAACCUCUUCCAUGGAUGCUAUGUAGGUUCCCUGAUUGGUCUUUCCCUUCAGUCUAUUUGCCAUGGGGAAAAGUCCCACUUUGGAACAACUUCUGAGGUUGAAAUACUUUCAAUGUCUCCAGAGUAGCUGCUGGCCCAGGAUGACCCAGUGUUGUACAGGGGCAUCUUUUGAUAAAAGCCUUUCAGAAAGGUG